CGGCCUGACCAAAGCUGAAAACGCUUCGUUGAUUUCGCUGUUUUCGAUGAGUGGUGGAGGUUCAGGAUCUUAGUGGCUUUUGCUACUGCAUGGUUUGUCUUGUUAUCAAUUAGCAGUCCAAGGUAUUGUCACCCAUUCAAGAGUCGUGUUGUUGAUUCUGUAAUUGAAUGUUGGGGUCAGUUUCUUAUUGGUAAUGCACAAGACUUUGCACUUGCUGAUAUUGAAAUUAAGUUGCGACCAUGAUCAUCUUGCAGGGUUUGGCAUUGUCAUUGAUUGUUCAAAUCAUCAGCAAACUGUGGGAGGUGGUGGGUUUCUGUGUUGUGAAAACGGAGACGAAAUAAUUGUUUAAGGCAGUACAUUUAUCGGUAGUGGUGCUCAGUGUCCUGCCGUGGUAUUGGAGUAGCCCCCUCUUAUUCUUGAGAUCCAGUUCCAGAAUCACUUUGGAGAGAUGUAAAUGGAUUUCGAUAUAUAGCAACUGUGGUUCAUAUUGUUUUGAUUUGAUAUCCUACGCUUUUUCGAUAGUACUUUGAUUGUGCUAUCCGAUAGCCAGGAGAGUAUUGCUUGGUCAGCAGCAGUGAGAAGUAGAUCAUGACGAGCAAUGAUCAAUAGAAUGGCACGGAGUAGUUCAUUGAAUAAGUUGCCGCUUUCAACGCUUUCUUGAAAUUGUGAUAGGUUAACUUGUUUGGGUUCCAGCUGUUCAAUUACAUUAACAUCCUCAACUAGGUUUGGGUUAGUAUUAGGUCCAGUACGUUGCUGUUUCUUGUAGACAUGCGCACAGUUUUAUAAUUUCACACAUGGAUGGAGAUGGCAAUGUUCCUGUUCCAGUUAAUAUCGGGCAUGUUGAAGUCACCACAGCUUGGUGGGUUGGUGAGAUGCUGUUGAGUGUGUUUUGGAGUUCAUCCGGAUUGUUCUUUGUUCUUUGAGGAUGGUGGACGAUACCAAGCAGCGAAGACUUAGAACCGAGAGAAGUUUCGACCCAUAAAAUUUCUGACUCGACGUCUUACGAUUGAGAGGGAAUUACUUGACUCUCUCGAAGUGUUAAACUACAUUUCUCUUUGAUGCACAUAAUUAUUUUUGUACGGGUGAUCAAACCUAGAGCUAAAGUGAUACGCUAAAGUGAUCAAGCUAUUAAAUUGUAUUUCCCUCGUAGCAGUUACAUGAUGCUGGCACUGCUGAAUCCUUCGUCUUCACAAACAGAGGCGUAGUGGCUUCUUUCGAUCUCAGUAGAGUGUUUCUCUGUAUUAAUUAAUAAAAGGGACAAUGGACAAGCAACUGGUAUUUUGGACUUAUACCUUCAAUGCUCAUCACUUUGUCUGUCUGCUCUGUAAUCGCUUCCGGUGCAGUCCGUUUCCCGUUUCCAAUCCACACGUAUAAGUAUGAUGGUUUUCAGAGUUCUUGCAUUUGCUAUGUCUAGAGCGGAAGUGAAUAAAUCACAUGUUGUUGAUGGGGCGGGACUAGUAAGCCGGCCGAGUUGUUUCUAAAAUAACGCACUGAGCGCUAGAGAACAUUGACUUACAAACUAGUUAAUCACAUAUUUAAUGGUGAUCAUUUCCAUAUUUAAUCAGUUGUGCGUAUCAUUGAUUUCUUUCAUAUAUCUAUAAACAUUGGAGUUCUAACAACUGAUCAAAUAGGGUUAUCCCUUAUUAUUUAUGAUAUGCACAACUCCUCAGUGCAUAAGCAAACAUUAGCAGGCCUAAAGCUAACUCUCCCAAGCUGAUCAAAAACACAUCCUCUAAUUAAGGAGCACCAGUCGAGAUCGAAAACAAUGCCAGUCAUCCAGUGCCCAAUAGAGGAUUGUGAGUACGAGACACCUGAUGUAGAGUCAGUGGUCGCUGCUGCACUAAUAACAGCCCACGCAACAAGUCACCAGACACGAAAUGGCUCGGCACACGUUGAAAAGGUCAAAAGACCAACUGUAUCGUCCGCAGGCACAACCCAGGACUGGCAAUACUUCAAAUCAAGAUGGGACGAUUAUGUAAGAGCGACCAGACUGAGGGGCACUGACAAAGUCAUCCAAUUGUUGGAAUGUUGCGAUGACCAGCUCCGCAAAGAUCUCACCAGGAAUGCUGGAGGCACUCUCACAGGGAAAACAGAGGACGAAGUACUUGCAGCCAUAAGGGGACUAGCUGUUCGAGAGGAGAACACGAUGGUAGCCAGGGUGACCCUCCAUAACAUGCGACAGGAACGAGAUGAACCAAUACGUGUAUUCGGAGCUAGGCUAAGAGGUCAGGCCAGCAUAUGCAAGUUUCAGAGGCAGUGCACAAACUGCGAGGCCGAUGUAGACUACACGGAGGCUAUGCUUAGAGACGUGCUCUGCAGGGGGCUUGAAGAUACCAAAGUACAGAUGGACCUGUUAGGCGACAAGAACCAGGACAUGACGUUGGAGCAAGUCUUGACAUUCGUUGAAGCCAAGGAGGCGGGUAAGAGAUCAGCAGCUCGACUACUACUACCACAAUCAACGGACGCGAUGACCAGCAGCUCGUAUCGGAAGCAGAAGAAACCAUCUCCCCUUGCCACACCCCCCAAGAACCAAGAAGCCUGCACAUACUGUGGCACUAAGGGCCAUGGAAAAAACUCGCCAACUAGAGUCAGGCGAACUGAAUGCCCUGCCUUUGGUACCACAUGCACUCACUGUGGCAAAGAUCACCAUUUUGAGAAAGUUUGCAGGAACAAGAACCACACACGAUCAACCGACCAUGAAGAUAACAUCUCUGACACAUUAUGCGGGUUGACAUCAACGGACACCACCGGAAGCAUCACGUUGGACCACCACAUUUUCGACCCAUCCACAGACAAAUGGUACAGGCGGCCAUCCAAACCUCAACCGUACAUCAGGCUAUGAACGAGCAU